AUGAUUUCCCUCAGCUUGAUAGCAACAGCAGGAAUUCAGAGGAUAUUAAAUGAAUUCAAUUCAAUUCAUUCAUUUUCUCAUUCCAGUGAUCAUAAAGUUUUCUUUCCGUUCAAGUUCGACAUAGUAGCUUCUCUAUGUGAAAUGAACGAUUCAGCAUCAUGUUACGCUUGUCUAUCUCAGAACCCAUAA